AUGGAGAAAAACAACGAUGCUAUUGACCUCCAAUCAAAUUCUAAACGACCUCGUGUUGAAGUAGAUUUAGCAAAUCUACCCGGAGAUCCUUACUUCAGGAAAAAAAUAUGCGAUUAUCAUCCUAGUGAUAGAGACCGAAUCCGAAGAGCAUAUCUACAAAUAGGAGCUUGUCAACCCCUUGACCAUGAUUUUCCAAAAAGAAAAAUUGGAAAUACAAUGCGUCGUUUUAAUCCAGCAUGGUUCAAAGAAUAUAAAUGGUUGGAGUACAGUAUAGAAAAAGAUGGUGCAUAUUGCUUAUACUGUUAUCUAUUCAAACCGGACUUUGGAAAUCAAGGAGGGGGAGAUUCGUUUGUUACUGAAGGGUUUAGUAAUUGGAAAAAGAAAGAGAGGCUUGAAUGUCAUGUGGGGGCUCACAAUAGUGCACAUAAUCAAGCUCGACAAAGAUGUGAAGCUUUGUUAAACCAUAAACAAAGCAUCAUAACAGUUUUUGACAAGCAAUCAGAUCAGCAGAAAAUGUUAUAUAGGACUCGUUUGAAUGCAUCAGUUGAUUGUGUUCGCUUUUUACAACAACAAGGAUUAGCAUUUCGUGGCCAUGAUGAAUCUAAAGGUUCAAAUAAUCAAGGAAAUUUUCUUGAAUUGUUGCGGUUUCUUGCUAAACACAAUGAAGAGAUUGAUAAGGUGGUCUUAGAUAAUGCUCCUGAAAAUCAUCAAAUGAUUGCACCACAUAUUCAAAGAGAUAUAGCAAAUGCAGCAGCAAGUGAAACUCUAGAUGCUAUUCUUAAAGAUCUUGGAGAUUCGCCAUUUGCUAUCCUAGUUGAUGAAUCUCGUGAUAUAUCCGUUAAAGAACAAUUGGCAAUUGUGUUGCGUUAUGUAGAUAAGCGGGGCCAUGUGAUUGAACGUUUUUUAGGCAUUACACAUGUUCGCAAUACCACAGCUGUAGAAUUGAAGAAGACAAUUGAUUCAGUGCUUAGCAGGCAUAAUUUAAGUAUUAGCAGAUUGCGAGGACAAGGAUACGAUGGAGCUAGCAAUAUGCGAGGUGAGUUGAAUGGACUUAAAACUCUAAUUUUGAAUGACAAUUCGUCUGCUUAUUAUGUUCAUUGCUUUGCACAUCAGCUUCAACUCACUUUAGUUGCUGUUGCCAAAAAUCACAUUCAAAUUGCAACUUUUUUUAGUUUGGCCAAUAGUAUUUUUAAUGUUGUUGGAGCAUCAUGCAAACGUCGUGACAUACUUCGUGAAAAACGAACUGCUGAAGUAAUAGAAGCACUACAAAAUAAUGAAAUGUCAACUGGUCGUGGCUUGAAUCAAGAAAUGAACUUAAAGAGACAUGGUGAUACGCGUUGGAGUUCUCAUUAUGGUGCAAUUGUUAGUCUUAUUGCCAUGUUUUCUUCUGUUAUCGAUACGGUUGAAGACAUUGUUGAAGAUGGUUUAAAUUCUGAACAGAGAGCAGAAGCAAAUAUACUAAGUCAAUCACUCAAGACGUUUGACUUUGCUUUCAAUUUACAUUUGAUGAAAAAUGUUUUGGGGAUUACAAAUGAGUUAUCUCAAGCACUACAACGAAAAGAUCAAGAUAUUGUGAAUGCAAUGAAGUUAGUUAAAAUUUCAAAGCUGCGCUUACAGGCUAUAAGAGAAGAUGGGUGGAAUUCCUUAUUUGAAGAAGUUACUAAGUUUUGUGCAAAAAACAAUAUUGUUGUCCCCAAUAUGGAUGAGCUUUACCAACCUCGAUAACGACGAAAAACUCAAGGCAUGAAAAAUUUACAUCAUUACCGUGUGGAGCUUUAUUAUACUGUUAUAGACAUGCAACUCCAAGAACUUAACAGUCGCUUUAAUGAGGCAAGUUCCGAAUUAUUACUCUGUGUUUCGUGCUUGAGUCCAGAUGACUUGUUUGCGUCUUUUAACAAAGAGAAAUUGCUUCGUCUUGCUCAAUUAUAUCCGAAUGAUUUUUCAGCAGUUCAACUUAUUACUUUAGACAACCAACUUGAAACAUAUAUCUUUGACAUGCGUUCUAGUGAUGAAUUUGCAACACUCAAAGGGAUUGGACAACUUGCUGAGAAAUUGGUAGAGACGAAAAAGGAUGUCGUAUAUCCCUUGGUUUAUUCAUUGGUGACAUUGGCAUUGAUUUUGCCAGUUGCAACAGCAACUGUUGAGAGAGCAUUUUCAGCAAUGAAUAUUGUUAAAAAUCGUUUACGUAACCGAAUGGGAGAUCAAUGGAUGAAUGAUUGUUUGAUUACGUACAUUGAGAAAGACAUAUUCAAGACCAUCAGUAAUGAAGAGAUUAUGCAGCGAUUCCAAGGUAUGAAGACUCGUCGAGGACAAUUGAAUUAGUGUUAGUCAUGACAAAACAAAUUGUAAGUUCUAUUUAUAUG